CGACCUAUACUAUUAUUAUUAUUAUUAUUAUUAUUAUUAUUAUUUUACAUUUUCUUUUCUUAAAAAAAUUUCUUGUAGCGGAUCUGUCUUCUUGGAAACAGAAUCCGUCACCUACCGUAUUAGGUUACUUUCUUUGCCGACGUCCCCAAAACUAUCAUUAACUCCUUCGCUCCCUCUGUUUAUCAAGAGGGACAAGACAGGCAGCGGCGGAGAAAUCAAGGGGUUUGGUUUAGAGACAAGGCGGAGAAAUCAGCACACACAGCUGCUUGGGUUUGGUUGUCGGCGAUCUCUUCGAAUCAUGGGUAGGGCAGGAAAAAUGCAAUCUUUGGAAUUUAAGAACGAUGGGAUUUUAUCAAAUUCUAAUUUGGGGCUCCAGUGGAAUCUCCAAGAUGGCAACGUUUAUCCCGGUGGCGGCUUGUUUGCGUCUGUCAGUCAAAUGGGAAACAAUGAGAAUGGCGGAUUCAAAUUGCCGUACGCUGAUUUGCUUGUCAAGUAUAUUUCACUGCCCGAGGGAUUCAAGGUUUUGGGGCUGGACGAGGAAGCUGGGGCGCUGAAUAAGAAGAAAAGUGGGAUUAAGAUUAAGAUUAAGAUUUCAAAUCCUUCUUUGAGAAGGCUGAUUAGCGGCGGGAUUGCAGGAGCCGUGUCAAGGACGGCAGUGGCUCCAUUGGAAACAAUUAGGACACAUUUGAUGGUGGGAAGCAGUGGGCAUUCCACUGCAGAAGUGUUCCAGAACAUUAUGAACACUGAGGGGUGGAGGGGAUUGUUUAGGGGAAAUUUGGUUAAUGUGAUUCGAGUUGCACCCAGCAAAGCCAUAGAGUUAUUUGCUUAUGACACUGUGAACAAGCAUCUGUCACCAAAACCUGGUGAACAAUCCAAAUUGCCUAUUCCCCCUUCAUUGGUUGCUGGAGCUUGUGCUGGUGUCAGCUCGACGUUGGUAACAUACCCCCUUGAGUUAGUCAAGACCCGAUUGACGAUACAGAGAGGAGUUUAUGAUGGGAUGCUGGAUGCAUUCGUGAAAAUAUUGCAAGAGGGUGGUAUGGGAGAGUUGUACAGAGGUCUUACUCCUAGUCUUAUUGGGGUAAUUCCAUAUGCUGCAACAAACUAUUGUGCGUAUGACACGCUGCGAAAGAUGUACAGGAAACUGUUCAAGCAGGAAAGAAUUGGGAAUAUAGAAACACUCUUGAUUGGAUCUGCAGCUGGUGCCAUCUCCAGCAGUGCGACAUUUCCUCUUGAAGUGGCUCGUAAGCACAUGCAGGUCGGGGCUGUGAGUGGGAGGCAGGUUUACAGGAACGUGCUUCAUGCCCUUGCAAGCAUACUCGAGCAGGAAGGGAUACCGGGAUUGUACAAAGGGCUUGGGCCGAGCUGUUUGAAGCUAGUGCCUGCUGCGGGCAUAUCCUUCAUGUGUUACGAAGCAUGCAAGCGAAUUUUGGUUGAGAAAGAAGACGAUGAGUGAAUGAAUGAAUAAAAUUUUGGUAGAAAGUGAAUGCAGGCAGGCACCUACCUACGUACGGGUUUGUCUUUCUUUCUGCUAGAGACGGAUGAGCCGAGACACUAGAGGUCAAGCUGACACAAGACAAUACUCCAUUUGGCAUUGACUGACUAAGCAGCCAUGGAUGCAUGGCUUUCUUCUUCUGUUUUUAUUGUUGAAAUUUUGCGUGGGUGGCGGACAUUGAAGCUUUUUGGUAGAGGAUGAGAAUAUCUGUCUGCCUCUCUCUGCUGCUGCUGCUACUACUUCACGCAUGUGAUUUUUAAUUAAUUUAAAAAAGGUUUCUUGGGUGUCA